AUGCAUAAGAACCAACUUAAUGAAACUAACUAUCCAAUCACAGGUGAAAAACCAGGAGAAUGUCCAAUUGACGAUGAGGAUGAGGAUACCAUGUUCGAUUGCCGAACAGAUCAAGAUUGUCCAGGGCAGAAGAAAUGUUGUGACCAGUCAUGCACAGUGCCGAAUUUAGAUGGCUUGGUCUGCAUAUAUCAAGGCAUCAUCUUGCAAAGCGGUGAAUUCUACUAUGAGCAAUGUAACUCCUGUUCUUGUAACGCAGGCGUUCUGGAGUGUAGCCGCCUUUGUCCGGUUGAAAAAGCAGGAUCAUGCCCUGUACCAUCCGUAGAAGCAUUACAUGUGGAUUGUAUUGCGACUUGCCAACAGGAUAAGGACUGUAAUGGUAUUGAGAAAUGCUGUGGUUGUGAUUCCGGAUGCGUCAAACCACUUGAGGCAAAUUCAUCGUCGGAUUGUUUUUUCCGUAACGAGUGGCAUUCUGACAGCGAGAAAUUUAAAUCGGAUUGUUAUAGAUGUCAAUGUCUUAAUGGAUCCAUCGUAUGUCGAGCGCCAAUCUGCCCGCCUGUGCCUUGUCCAAAUCCAGUAAUGCCAGAGAAUGAAUGCUGUCCAAUCUGUUUGGAUGACAGCAAACCAGGAGAGUGUCCUGCCACAGAGACCAAUUCAUCACUUUCGACCAAUUGCAGCUCUCCGUGUCAAGAUGAUGUGUCGUGCCCAGACGAUAAAAAAUGCUGUUUGUCUGACGACUGUGGACUGACUUGCAAAGCCCCCUCAAAAGGACGAUCUGGAAUGUGCCCCUUCCUCUUGUUUCAAUCAUCGACGUCAUGUGUUCAUGAGUGCCAAAUAGAUGACCAUUGUGACGAAGGACAGAAGUGUUGUUUGAAUACAUGUGACGCAAAAGUGUGUUUAGAUGCGAUACCAGAAGAUUCUGUUGUCUGUGGUGAUCAACCUUGUUUGAAUGGUGGUGUGUGCAGUCAAAUAAACGAUACGUUUUACCAAUGCAAAUGCCAAAGUGGAUUCUAUGGCGGACACUGCGAGAAUAGAGAUCCCAGUUGUCAUCCCAACCCAUGUAAAAAUGGAGGAAAGUGUGUUUUUCAAGAAGAAUCCGGUUUGUCCUCUUGCGAUUGCACAGAAGGAUUUGAUGGAGCGAGGUGCAAUCUCGAAAGUUCGUUGUGUGAUGAGAUCACAUGUUUGAAUGGCGGGAUUUGCAAACUGUCUCUAUCUACACCGGUUUGCAGUUGUAUAAACGGGUAUACGGGAACAUAUUGUGAAGAACCUGCGAUGAACUGUUCAUCUAUCGUCUGUGAGAAUGGCGGAGAAUGUAUUGAUAGUGCGGGAUUCCUAAGCAGUUCAGCCUCCAUCCUAACACCGCUAUGGGAUUGCCAAUGUCCGGGAGGAUUCGUAGGAGAUUUCUGCGAGAUACAAGAUGAAUUUUGUGACGACAACAAAUGUCAAAAUGGUGGCACUUGUUAUAAGAUCACUGGUAGACCGAUAGCGACAUAUUGCGUAUGCGCGGAUGGGUUCACAGGGCCUACUUGUCAACAGUUGGAGGUGUGCCAAAGUCAGCCGUGUCUCAAUGGAGGAACGUGUCUUAUAUUGUUUUUGUCCUAUAAAUGCAAAUGCCAAGAACGUUAUUCGGGAGUCAAUUGUGAAAUCGAAAGUCAUCAAAAUUGCUCGACAGUGAUAUGUCAAAACAGCGGAACAUGCAUCCAGGACGAGUCGUCCAAAGGCUGGCAGUGUACAUGCCCAAGGAACUUCCGUGGGGAAUUUUGCGAGGAAUAUGAUCCCUGUAUUGCUGGUCAGCCUUGUGAAAACGGCGGUUCAUGUCAACCUGCAAUUGACGGUGGAAUUAAAUGUGCUUGCCCGGCCGGAACAUCAGGCAAUCGCUGUGAAAACUCGGUCACAGACGCUUGUUUCUUCUCGCCAUGUUUGAAUGGUGGCAGUUGCUCUGAAUUCAAAGGAUUUCCAGAUUGCUCAUGCACAGAUGGGCAUACAGGAAGAUUUUGCGAAAUAACUGUAAAUGAUACCUGUCAGAAUGGAACCAAACCUGUAUCCUGCCUAUUUGACCCUUGUCACGUGGCAAGUUGCCCGGCGCACCCCGAUGCCCGAUGCAAAUCAAACUACUGCGGUGGGUGCAACGCAGAAUUCUACGAUGAUGUGGGAAAUCGCGUGGACUGCCGAGAGUGCUCCUCCGGAGAAAAGGUCAGGUGUGUAAUACAUCCAUGUGACCUCACCACUUGCGUGAACACCCCACGUGCGUAUUGUGACAUCAGCUAUUGUCAUACAUCGUGUGAGCCGGUGUUUCUUAUUAGCGACGAUGAACUCGCAAAUUGCGACUCCUGCUCGGAACCACGAUCGUGCCCAGUCGAUCCAUGUGAAGUAUGUACGACCAUCCCGGAUGGAGCAGAGUGUCGCGUUGAUAAGUGUAACAGUUGUGCAGCAGAAAUUUAUAAUGCUAACGGAAACAAAAUAGGAGUAUGUCCUGAUACCUCUGCGGAAUGUUUACCAGGUCUUCCCUAUGUUCCUUGCUUACACGAUCCUUGUCUGAACGUCGUUUGUCCAGGACACCCUGAUGCUGCCUGUACACCAGACUACUGUGGAGGGUGCACACCUAAAUUUGUCGAUCCUGUCUCUGGAGUUCGAUUAGAAUGUGACGCUUGUCCUGACAACGAGCCACUUUACAGAUGUGCGUCAGACCCGUGUGUGUCGGCGACAUGCUCUGCGUACCCCGGUGCACUCUGCCGGAUCAACAAUUGUGGAUCCUGUUCUGCAGAGUUUAUAUCUGACACUGGGAAAGUGUUAGACUGUACAGAUUAUUGUAAAGACAAUAACUGUAGACUAGGUUUAAAAUGCACUCCUUUCGAUGGCGGCUACUACUGCGAGUGUCCAUCGUUUAGACGAGGAGAGUUUUGCGAAGAGAACUUCUGUAAGCAUGAGGGCGCUGAAUACGAGCUAGGAGAGAAGAUGGAUUCAGAUGAAUGUAACAAAUGUAAAUGUCGCAAAAAUGGUAUUUGGGAAUGUACAGAAUAUCGAUGUGAUUUUACGUGCGUGGACAGGGACCAAACCUAUUAUAGUGGUGACGUGCGAGAUGACAAAGACGGAUGUAACACAUGUAUUUGCAAUGAGCAAGGAGGCUGGGAUUGCACAAAGGAAGCUUGUGAUGUAACCCUGGUUGAAGUGAAAUUCAGUUUCGACCUUAAUUUCGCUGAUAUUGAGGAUAAAUUACAGGAUUUCAAAGAGAGCCUACGCCUCGAUUUGGCAACAGAGUUCUCAAUUCCAGUAACGGCUCUUAAGGACUUCCAGAUAUCGCCUGGCAGUGUAAUUGUUGAGUUUAAACUUGUUAGUGGUGACUUAACGGCCGAUGACGUCAAUAAUGCAGCUGCCGAUAUCCAGACUCAACUCCAGUCUGGUGACUAUAUAUUCACAUAUGAUGGUCAAGAUAUUAGUGUUAUUCCUGAUAGUGUCACGGUUUCUACACCAUUAAAAGACACCGAUGACACUAACGAGGCUCUUAUCAUUGGGGUGUGCGUCGCCGUCGCUGUCCUCAUCGUUAUUAUAGUUAUAAUUAUAAUUGUUAUAUAUAAGAGAAAAGAAUCUGAACGAAAACAAUAUGUGUCUACAGUGACCACUAUAUCCGUAACAAAAAAGCGGAAUACGUUUACCAAUACCAGCUUUGAAUCUGAGACUACCAAGUAAAGGAACCAAAGAGAAAACGAGAGAAAAACUGUCCCCCCGUUUCUAGGGGAACAGAAAUAGGGGGAUGGGGAGGACUCGUUGAUAAAGUGAGGGAGAGCUAUGUAGUAAAAUAAGCUGUUAUUAAGUGAUUUUGAACUACAAUAGGCCUACUUUAACAUGUUUUUGCUUCAAAAAUUUCAUUUGUGGAAAGAAAGUGACUUAUGGGAGGGGGCGAGAUUUUUUUAGGAGGCCGUGAGAUACGUGACUAACUGGAGAAACUAUAACUGUCUAAAUUAAUGGACAAUUAAUAGCAAUAUGGAGACUGAUACUUAAGCAUAAUGCGCAGGCGCAGAUAACUCCCUGCCUUUGUGUGCUACGUUAAAGGCAUUCAUAAUUAUAAAGUGGCAAUUCUGCUUCGCUACCAAUCCUUAACCAGGGUACCGUGUUGUUUGGUAAAGAAAAAUGUUAUGCGAGUUUAAUUUAUUACCGUAUUUAGCUUAAAAUAUGUAUAGAAAGUGAGAAAUAGUAUAUAUAGUUACUUAUUACUUCAACUUGUUACUUGUAUAGCGUCCUUCUUUUCAGUUAAAGCGCUGUAAGCGACUCGCCACAAUAAGUCAAAAACAUCCCCCCGGGAAAAGCUUGCAUAGAACCAAACCCAAGAAAAGUGUGCUAACCUAACUAAUGCAAUAAAGCUGUAGAAAAAUAAGAAAACAAACAAAAAAUAAACAAAUACGAUCUAAGCAAGGUGAGAGGAACUAUUGUAAAAGGUGCGUUUUUAGAUGGGUUUUGAACUGCCUAAGCGAAUCACAAGAUCUGAGAGAAUUAGGCAGACCUUUCCAAAGUUGGGCAGCGAUUGAAGGGAAUGAAUUGUCACCAAUACGUUUAUGGUAGACCGGUCGAACAAGUUGGAUGGAGUUGGAAUAUCUUGUUAGCGCACAUGGGUACGUAGUGUUAAGUAAUGUAGUUAUAUAGUAUUUAAUCGAGAAUUACUUAUCACUAGUCUAAUAUCAUUCAGAGUAGAUUUAGGCACUACGUAUAUGCAGCACUUGUUUUCAUGUCUGAAAAGCCUUGGGCAUUUUAUAUAUUAUAUUAUAUUAUUUUAUUAUAUUUUAUAUAUUUUUAUUAUUUAUAUUUUUUAUAUUAGUGUGUAUUGUUCUUAAAUGACUUAUUUAUUUAUUAUAUAAAUAUAUUUAUUCUUAUUAUUUCAUUCAUCACUCUUUGCGGUAUUAAACCACUGAGACAUUCGCAUGCGUGACGUGUGUAGGAACACAUGUACCGUAAAUGCAUGUACUACCAACACAUAUAUUUUGAAUCGCUGCAUAAAUCAUAUUUUCAUACUUUAUUACGAAGAUAUGUUAUUACCAGCCAAUUUGCAAAAAGGAACGGUAAUAUUUAUGCAACUUUUGUACUGAAGAAAAUAUUUAAAUCUAUUAUCAAUUUUCAAAGAAACACGGGUAAAAAAAGAUCAGUUUCACUGAUAUUUAAACGUUUUAUUACAAAAAUCUAUAUAGUUAUUAUUAAAUUAAAAACACUUUUGGUUGACUGGUCUAUGUA